CCAUUGCUGCAGAUCCUUCCUCUCUUUGUCCCUUUGGACAUCAAAGGAUCGCAAGGGGACAGCCCUGGCAAGAAGCUCCUCCCUGCUCAUUAGCCUCCAUAAAACAGGAACUCACCUUGGCUAGCUCUGCUCCCAGUCCCAUCCUCACCACGGUCACUCUUGACACUGGAUCUCAGAAGGAAGGGCUUUUGCUUGCUUCAGGAAAUCAGACCUGCUUUGGAACUGGACUAUUUUGGCUCCCCUUCUAAGAACUCUGGUAGCUCUCACAGCCGUGCAAGCUCCUUGACUCUACAGUACAUGGAAAAAUGCAAGCUCUACCAGAGGUGAAAGCACCGUGUGAGGCACUUCCUUCCCCCAGCCUGGAGCCCUACCCACAGAGCUCCAUUGUGGUCACCCUUGAAGACAUGAGUCUCUGGAUGAAGUUUCAUCAGAUAGGAACUGAGAUGAUCAUCACCAAGUCUGGCAGACGAAUGUUUCCACAAUGCAAAAUCAAAGUCUCAGGCUUAAUCCCAUAUGCCAAGUACCUCAUGCUGGUAGAUUUUGUGCCAAUGGACAACUUCAGGUACAAGUGGAAUAAAGAUCAGUGGGAAGUUGCUGGAAAAGCAGAGCCCCAGCUCCCUUGUCGCACCUAUGUCCACCCAGAUUCCCCAGCUCCUGGCAGCCACUGGAUGAAAGAACCUGUCUCCUUCCAAAAACUGAAGCUCACCAACAAUACUCUGGAUCAACAUGGGCAUAUCAUCCUCCACUCCAUGCACCGUUACAAGCCUCGCUUCCACAUUGUGCAGGCAGAUGACCUCUUCAGUGUCCGCUGGAGCAUCUUCCAAGUCUUCAGCUUCCCUGAGACUGUCUUCACUUCUGUUACUGCCUACCAGAAUGAGCAGAUUACAAAGCUCAAGAUUGACAACAAUCCGUUUGCUAAAGGUUUCCGCGAACACGGGAAGAACACACGAAGGGAAGGACGAACCAAAUGCCAGAAGUCUAGUCCAGCCAAGGGCCAGAAGAGGAAGCUGCCUGAGGGAAAGGAGUCUGCUGCUGAAGAACGUGAUUUUGAGAAAGGUGAGAAUGUAGAUGUGAAGGAGGAGAGUAACCCCAUCGUGGUGAGCAGUGGAUACCCCUUCUGGGUCUCAGAGCAGAACAGCAGCCAUGCCUUCCCUGCAGCAUCACCAGUGCCAGCUGACCAGAGGGAGGGUCUGGCCAGAGAGCAGCAAGUGCCUACACCAUCCUACCAGACAUAUCGGUUCCACGAAGCUGGGGACAGCCAGCAGCUUCCCAUCCGUGAUGCCACAACCUUGAACGAUUUCCGGGCAAGGUGCCACCCCUUGGACCUCGCCACGGUGCCUGAGCACGACUCCAAACAGCUCCCAGAGGGUUUCACCAACCUGCCUCCACUCCCCCCACCUCUGCCUCCUCCCCAAGACUACACAGGAGUGGUGAACAUGGCUCUAGACUCAGUUGGGAAGCCUGGGGCCCGAGCACCCAUGUACAGUCCCUAUGGCACCGAGCAAGGCCUCGGGCAGUGGAUGGUGCCUUCCCACAGCCAGUACAGGGCCAUGAGCUACUCAGCCUUCUCCACAGAGUACAACACGCAGGGGGCUCCAGGACAUGCCCACGGGACCAUGGCAGAGUGGAGCCAGUACCCUCUGUUCCCAUAUGCGUGCUGGUGAAGAGGGGAAGACCCUUCCCAAUGAAAAGACUGAAAGAAAAUUGUAAAUGAGAUAAUAUUUGCUCUGGAGUGUUGAUCUUGAAGCCUUCUCUACACUAGGCAAAGAGGCAUUGCUGCAAGUGAUAGUGUGGGACACCUUCACUUCCUUCUCUCCUUGCACUACAGCCCUUGCUGUAUUUCACAAGCAGUGGGUAAACUGGUGGCUGUUCCAGACAUGUCAGCAUGAGCCUGGCUGAAUCGAUGUCUUCUGUAGUGGUUGGUUUUUUCCCAGCAGGAGUAGGAAACCACAGGAACUGCAAGAACAGUGUUUAAAGAGCUGCCGAACUCUCAGUCCCAGGCUGUGUCUUGCAUUUGGCAGUUUUCAAAGUUGUUUCCUCCCAGGACUUGCAUGCAAGGAGACAGGGGCUGAGGAGUUUCAGUAAGUCACCUAGGUGGACAAAAAGCUGUAGAGAAUUAUUACAAAGAUGAGGAAAAAACAGUGCCCCUUUGAGCAGAUUCUUUACUUAGUGUAGUCAAACUAAAGCUAGAGUCUUGCCUUUCUUCCAGGCACAUGAGAGUAAAAUAUACAGCAGUGCUGGCACAUCUGGAGCACAGUGCUGGGUCACACAGGCAGGGAAGAGUUUGUCCUAUGCAGGAGGAGCAGGAGCAAAGCUCUGUGUGUGUCUGCAUGUCCCCCGUGCCCAUUACUCUUCUGCCACCCCCACAUGCAAGGUCAGUGAAUCACACUUCUUUCUGCCAGUGGUGGAGGGAGGUUGUUCACAGAACGUGGGGGUUGCUCUGGGGGUUUCCAAAGGCUGGUGGUCAUCAGAAAUAGGGUCACAAACAGAAAGUGCUGGCUGUGUCAUUCUGAUCUCUUCCUUUAGAGGGAAAGAAAAUCUUUCACUGUGAACUUCUUCCACAGCCUGCCACCCCUGGAGAAUAUAAUUGAUAGUUGUGGUUACUGCACUGUGCUCUGGGCAAGCCUUUUCAAUAGCCAGUUCUCACCAGCCUGGCAUUGCUCAUCAGGCAUAAAAUUUAAUUAAUACCCUGUAAGCCCUGAGCUGCAUUGCUGGUGAGCUCCACACAUCCCAGGAUGCUCUAUGAAGUCAUCUUGCUGCUGUUGGGAGUCUAAUGUUAUGCAUCCAUCUUUAGUUUCACCUCCCUCACCUCCAUGGUGCCAUCCUGGGGACAAAUGGUUCUGUCAGUGAGCAGCCUGCACACUGCCUUGCAAAGGGCAUUUCUUUUUAUGUUUGUGCUAGAAGGGGUAAUCAUCCCUGUUUGUCCCAGUGGUGGAAUGGCCCUGGCAAUGGGGUCUGGUUUGAGGUAGGCUUUUGCUUCUCAGGGAGGACAGAGACAUUCCUACAUGUGAUUUAGGGAUUUUUUUUCUAGUUUAAACAAACCACUGUGUAGCCUGUA